AUGGGUCCCAAAAAACGGUCUAUUGCUUGUAACCGGUGCCAUGCCCAGAAAAUAAAGUGUUCGGGGGAGACACCUUGUUCACGAUGCUGCCAAGUUGGACAGGGUAGCGACUGCCGAUAUGUUGCUCGCGAUCGCAAAAUCCGAGUUGAUGAAAGUUACUUGGAACAACUUCUUAGCGACAGCAAAGAGCUUCGCAAACUUCGCAGUACUCUCAGUAACAGUAGCAUUGUCGACGCUACCGACACUGAUGUUAAGGGUCCUGCGGUACCACAGGCGUUUUCAAUAAGUCGAUCAUCUAACCCUCCCACCUAUGUGAGCGAGGCAGCAUGCCCAGCUUUUGCAAGCCGUCUAUGCAAGUACCUCCAGCCUUCCGAUGAUUCGGCAGAGAACCUCCCAGAAUUGCGCUAUACAGAUGAAUCAACCCUGUCAGCUCUGCUAGACAUCGACAUCCAAUGGCCCAGUCUGGCAUAUGCCCAAUUGCUAGUGCAAACGGCCCUCGGCCACGUCAACCCAUCUUUCCAUUUAGCACUGAGGAAAGAAACCCUCGAUGUUCUGCAAACCAUUUACCAAAAAGGAACAUUCGACGACCCGACCCUAAAAUGUAAAUACUUCGCUCUCUUUGCCCUGGGACAUGUUUAUACUACGCCUCGAGACUCUUCGCGGUCGGCUCCACUGCCUGGUGCUGGCUACUUCGCGAAAGCACAUUCUCUCAUUCAGUUCAUUCCCGAACGGGCCAGUAUAAUUCAUGUCGAGAGUCUUCUCUGCAUUGCAUUUUACUGUCAAUUUAUGAACAGAUUCCACUCUGGCUAUCGGCUAGUAGGGACCGCAUUGCGGGUUUGUACCAGUCUCGGUUUGCAUCGCCCCGUCGCGGAGAGUCAAUCCUUGGAACGAGAACACUGUUUACGAUUGUGGUGGACUGUUUACGUGCUAGAUCGCUUUUGGGGACUAAGACUAGGGUCUCCUGCGCAAAUUGACGAUAAAGAUGUACAUCUCGACCUUCCAUCAGAAUCUGUUUCGAAGAUGCACCACGAACAAUUCGCCGAUAGUACUUAUCAAAACGCUACCAUCGGACUGGCCAAAAUAUGCGGGAAAACGAUCAAGGAGAUCUACAGACGGCCACACUCGCCUGCAGGCUUUUUGCAGCACGAGCAGAAGAUUUUGCUUCAACUUAGGCACUGGGCCCGGUCUCUUCCUGAAAGUAUGAAGCUUCAACAGGGAAGGUCCAAUCCUAUACACCUUGUUCAAGCGCAUUUGCAAUUUAACUUUUGUCUCAUUGUGGCAAUUCGGCCUGUCCUGCUCUAUGUUCUCUAUGAGAUGCGUCCCGGUCAUUCAGAUAAUUGUAAAGUCUCAUCAAUUGCGACAACGUUGAGCGAAGCAUGCAUCCACACCGCGAGGCAAUCUCUGGCCAGGUGUGUGGAAGUGUGGACCACUGGAGCUGUAGCGAUAUUGGGCUACUCAUUCCCAUCCUUUAUCUUCUCAUCUGCGCUCAUAUUGAUGAUCUCAAGCAUCUUGCCAUUUGGAAAUUCAAGCGAUCUCGCUUCUGCUGAAUCUGGUAUGGAGAUUCUUAGGGUUAUGAGUCUCUCUGGGGAUAUCCUGGCGAGGAAUUCUUAUGAGCGUCUUCGAUAUGUCCGGCAAUGCUUUGAAAACAGCACAGGAUGUGCUGGUCCGUCUUUUGCAGACCUUAAGGCAAUCGGUGGUCCGGAUGAACCGACGGCAGCACACUUUGCAGACCAUAAAGAUAUUUGUGGCCCCGACCAAUCACCUGCAGCAUCUUGCUACCUUCCACAAACCACUCACUAUUCAAUUGGCCACAAUGGUGAGUCUGCACCUGUCGGUGAUGCCUCAUAUGCAGUUCCCGAGCUGGCUCUAUACCAGCCAGACCUGCAGGCAUUCUUGGAACUAGAUCAGUCAGGCAUAGAAUGCGAUUCAUUAAAGGACGGCGGGCUGCUUGCCGAUAUUGAUGUCUCCUUUUUGUGGCCUCCAAGUCCCCAGUUCUGA